AUGCUGAAAUCUGCAGUUAGACGCCUCAGCGACACUGGAACUGGGAACCAGUCAACAAUGAAGCAACUCGCUCUCCUGCUGCUCCUCAUCUCAGUGACCGGGGCGACCCCUUGCGCCGAGAGCGUGGGUGCUGCUGAACUGAAACUCGCCAUCCGUGACCUGGUGGACAACUGGGAAGACACGUCCUGCUCCCAGAGUGGCCAGAGCUACCCGAGCCUGCCCCGCAGCUGCAAGGAAAUUAAAGCCACCCGGGCCGGGGCUGGAGAUGGGAUUUACACCCUGCGCACCGAGAACGGCGAGACCUACCAGACCUUCUGCGACAUGACCACCAAGGGGGGCGGCUGGACCCUGGUGGCCAGCGUGCACGAGAACAACGUCUACGGCAAGUGCACCAAUGGCGAUCGCUGGUCCAGCCAGCAGGGGAGUGACGUCAACUACCCGGAGGGAGACGGCAACUGGGCCAAUUACAACACCUUCGGCUCUGCGGUGGGCUCUACCAGCGACGACUACAAGAACCCUGGUUAUUACGAUCUCCAAGCCCAGGACCUGUCCGUGUGGCACGUAACUAACAAGACGCCUCUGAAGGAAUGGAAGAACAAGUCCAUCCUGAGGUACCACACCGAGACCAGCUUCCUGUCCUCGGAGGGGGGGAACCUCCUCAAACUCUACCAGAAAUACCCAGUGAAAUACGGCGCCGGCGUCUGCAAGACCAACAAUGGCCCCGCCGUGCCCGUCAUCUAUGACUAUGGCGAUGCCCAGCAAACUGCCAACUAUUACUCUCCAAACGGCCGAAAUGAAUUCGUCCCUGGCUACAUCCAGUUCCGCGUGUUUAAUACUGAGAAGGCGGCCAUGGCUCUGUGUGCUGGGGUGAAAGUCACCGGCUGUAACACCGAGCAUCACUGCCUGGGUGGAGGAGGGUUCUUCCCAGAAGGGAACCCGGUUCAGUGCAGCGAUUUUCCUGCCUUUGCCUGGGAUGGCUAUGGAACCCAUCAGCACUGGAGCGUAUCCAAGGAGAUGAUUGAAUCCGCAGUGCUGCUGUUCUACCGCUGAGUCCGGAAAGGCUGGGGUGACCCAGUGAAGGACGCUGCUUCGCUCCAGCGGGAGCUGCUC